AAAAAUUAAAAAAAAUAAGCAAAAAGAUGGUAGUCAGCACGCCUCGUUGACUUUGUAUUCUGCAGAGAGUGUCGGUAAGCUAGCCCCUGCUUAGCGCCCCGCUGUUGACAUGCUAAAUAACAUUUGCAGCUAGCAUUGCGGCUAGCUUCUCCACUCGCGUCUCUAUUGCCUUUCAAUUGUGAAUUAACCCCAUUUUACGGGGUUGAAAAAAAAACAUUAAGCUUCAAACAAACGCGUGGGACUGAUUAAUUUGUUUCUAAAAAAAAAAAAAAAAAAAAAUAGAUACAAUGGCGACUACAGGUGUUCGUAUUUUUGUCGUCGUGACGUAUGACUCAUUGGUUGUGAUUGAUAGCUGCAGUACAUAUUUAGAGAUGUUUGUUAUUUUCUAAAUAAUGUUGCGUGAUCUUGUAUCCGCGGCACGGCGACCGACUGGUUCGCACAUCCGCCUCGCAGUUCUGAGGACCCGGGGUCAAAUCCGGCCUCGCCGGUGUGGAGUUUGCAUGUUCUCCCCGUGCCUGCGUGGCUUUUGUCCGGGUACUCCGGUUUCCUCCCACAUCCCCAAAUCGUGCAUGCGAGGUUUACUGAAGGCUUUGCAAAUUGUUUAAAUUGGUUGUUCGUCUAUAUGCGCCCUGCGAUUGGCUGGCGACCAGUUCAGGGUGUCAAGAGUCAGCUGGGACGCACGCGACCCGUGCGAGGAUAUGCACGACGGAAAAUGGAUGGAUUAUGUGCCCACCACUGGGGGAAAAUAAUUGAACGUCGGAAAAUUCAAAUAAAAGGGAAGAAGAAGAACCCCGGGCUGAAACUGGCCAAAGAAGUCUUCGCGCAGCCCCCACCAGCAGUAGCAGCGCCCCCUCGAGAUCUCGACUCUAAGGCGUGCGUCACAAUCGGAGACCAGAACUUUGUGGUGAAGGCGGAUGACUUGGAGCAGAUUGCCGAGCUGGGCAGGGGAGCGUACGGCGUCGUGUACAAGAUGAGACACGUGCCCAGCGGCGUGAUCAUGGCUGUCAAGAGGAUUCGAGCCACCGUCAACACGCUGGAGCAGAAGAGGCUCCUGAUGGACCUGGACAUCUCCAUGCGGACGGUGGACUGCUUCUUCACCGUCACCUUCUACGGCGCCCUCUUCAGAGAGGGCGACGUUUGGAUCUGCAUGGAGCUGAUGGACACUUCGUUGGAUAAGUUCUACAAGAAGGUCAUUGAGAAGGGCAAGACCAUACCCGAGGACAUCCUGGGCAAGAUCACCGUAGCUAUUGUCAAAGCGUUAGAGCACCUGCACAGCAACCUGUCAGUCAUCCACAGAGAUGUGAAGCCCUCCAAUGUUCUCAUCAACACAAAGGGCCAAGUGAAAAUGUGCGACUUCGGCAUCAGCGGCCACCUGGUGGACUCGGUGGCCAAGACCAUGGACGCCGGCUGCAAGCCCUACAUGGCGCCCGAGCGCAUUAACCCGGACCUCAACCAGAAAGGCUACAGUGUCAAGUCGGACAUAUGGAGUCUCGGUAUCACAAUGAUCGAGUUGGCCAUCCUGAAGUUCCCCUACGACUCCUGGGGCACGCCCUUCCAGCAGCUCAAGCAGGUGGUGGACGAGCCGUCUCCCCAGCUGCCCGCCGACCGCUUCUCGCCAGACUUCGUAGACUUCAUCUCCCAGUGUUUAAGAAAGAAGCCCAAUGAGAGACCAGCUUAUACAGAAUUAAUGAAACAUCCGUUCUUCACCGUGCAUGACUCCAAAGAGACGGACGUGGCCACGUUCGUCGAGGUCAUCCUGGACGACUGAUGGCCGGGGGGCCUCUCAGUCUCGAGGAGGCGCCACCUCUCCGCCAACGCUCCGAUGGCCUACCUUUUUUUUAAAAAAAAUUAUUCUUUUUUUUUUUUUUUUUUUUUUUUUUUUUUUUUUUAAAAAGAAGCAAAUGUCAAAAUAAAAACCCACCCCAGCUACUGGAAUGACAGACUCUCACCUGACGACUGACGGACGGCAGCACUGGAGCAGGAGAGCGCUUCACAAAGCAACUGGAGAGGUUUGACUCAAACUAAUAUGAACUUUUUGUGUGUGUGUGUGUGUGUGUGUCCCAUUUACAGAGCCAGCCAUUUUUCUUUGACUCAAUUUUAAAUCAUUUGCAACCUUUUCUUCUUUUAUCGGAAGCUCUAUUUACAUCAUUUGCGUCUCUUCAUACUGUAUACUGUCGACGUGUGUGCGAAUUGUACUCGAAUCGUCUCGGCGCAACAAAGGUAACGCUGACAAACGAGGAGCGAUAUCUUGGCGGCGCCGUCCGAGCCCGCCCUGACCCGACUCGGGUCCUCCGCUGUUGCUAUGGAUACCACCUGGAAGUAUUCUGGGGUCCACCUAAUCACGCUCACAGCUGUCCCUCCUGUGUGCCAGCAAAUUGUCUGUGCGUGCUAUUGUUGUUGUUGUCUUUUUAAAUAUUCUGACCUGCUUUGCAAUUUUAUUUUGCGUUGCAUUUAAAGAGAGAAAAUCUUUUUGGCUUAUUUUUCCUCAAUUGUGGAGUCUUUACAUGGGAGGCACGGACGUUGUGUGACAAGCCCCGAAGCCAGACAAAGGCAGGAAACGCUCAUAGCUGCCUAUGCGCAGUGUUGCGCAACGUCUGUCUGAUAUUUUUAUGUGGUCGUUCACGUCUCCUAAUCUGCUCUCAGUGCUUCUUCUUCAGGUUUUAACAGCACGCCGCUGUUACAAUCCAUCACUCUGUGCUUCUUUUUCAGGCCAUUUGUGUGGCACAUUUCUGUCAGUUCUUCAUGCCGCUGAUUCUGUGCUUUGCGCCAUGUCCAGUAUGCUACAAAAAAGUCUGGGGGUGGAGGAAAAAAAAAAAAGAAGCACAGAGUGAAAGGCAAUGACAAAGCUAGGCAGCAGUUUGAUUUGCAAAAGCCUGAAAAAGGAACCGCGAAGUGAAAGUCUGAUGACGCGUGGCCUGUUGUAUGCUUCACAAAAUCCCCUGGAAAAACUAGAGAAAAUCAGGACUCCAACGUGCCCCAAAAUCCUGGAAAAAGAAGCACAGUGAUUGAUCGGGAGAGUAGUGGGCUUCGUAAAAGCCAGAAAAAGAAUCCCACCGUGCUACAAAGAAGCCUGAAAAAGGAGCACAGUGAUUAAUUGUGACAGCAUUGUGCUACGUAAAAGCCUGAAAAAGACGCCCAUCAUAAUAAAGCAUGACAGCAGUAUGCUACUCCAAAACUUGGAAAAAGAAACCCAAUGAUUGUGUCAGCAGUGUGCUACGUGAAGGCCUGGAAGGAAAAAAAACUGACAGUAAUGUGCAACACCGAAGCCUGGAAGGAGAAGCACGGCGAUUAAUUGUACACAGCAGUGGGUGACAUUGAAAGCCUGAAAAAGAAGCACGUGUAACAAUGCGUGGCGCCAGUGUGCUACGUAAAAGCCUGAAAAAUGAAGCACCUAGUAAAAGAAACAAAUAGUGUGUUGCGUACCGUCGUGACUUAAGCAGUUCGCCAAUUGGCGCACUUUCAGUCUUCUUUCUUUAUUGUCACACACCCGUUUGCUUUGCUUCUCCCGGAGAUAAUCUUAUGCAUUACACACACACACACACAGUAUGUUAGGGGGAAUAAUUUAUAUGUUGAAGAUGUAAAUACUGUCUCCUUUUUUUUUUUUUUUUUUUUUUUUUUUAAAAUGUAAGACUGUUAGGGAACCUGACAGUGCAGCUGAGUGGCAGAGUGUUUGGUAGUAGUUGUUUUAAUGCAGUGUGACACGCACAUUCAGUACACACACACACACACACGCACGCACGCUUACAUAUAUUCUCGCCGGGCCAGCCGACUGGCCUAUUUUGGAUGUGCUGCUCAGGUUUCUGCGCUCUUUCCUUGAGAGCUCGGCCCGCGUCUAUGCAGAGUCACGCAUCGGGAGGGCCACGUGGUCCCCCACCCACUCCCACAAGUGUUCAUAGACUGACCAUGUCAGUAGUGUUGCUCUGGUUUACACUGUAGUGACACCUCUAUCAAAAUCAUACAAAAGAAAGUCAAGAGUAUUUAUGAGAAUAAGGGAACGUUGACAACACCACAAACAAGCUGCUGUUUAUUUUUCUCCUCCUCUAAAAAAUGAAAAAUGGCGUUCUUGGACGGCCCUUCCCUUGAUGUGUCAAAGUGACGACUUUUUUUUAAUAUUUUUUUUUUUUACACGGAUCACAACGAGAAUGGACACUUGCUCUACCUCUUACUACUUCACUCUAUUUGCCACCUCUUCAUUUGGUGGGACUGACAAACUUGAACUGUGGAAAGACAACAAAAAAAAAACAUAAAUAAAGGCUUUAUUGUUCAGGA